AUGAGCGCACUUGUGGCCUAUGAAAGUAGCAGCGAGGAGGAUGAAGUUGCAGACGACAACAAAGGUCAAGAUCAAGAUGCCACCACAUCAAACUCAACGGGACACCAUAACCCGUAUAUCGGUUCCAAGUCUCCUAUCAAGCCUGUUGAACUCAGUUCACACAUUAUCACCCCCACUGCCCACGCCGACACAGUUGGGCCUAUGGUAGGUCCAUCUAUGCCAAGUCAGGUGGACAGUGAAAUCGAGGACGAGCCUUUAUCAGAACUUCAACAGUCCAUGACUGAGCGAGACAUUAUUCACCAGCUUACAUUUGCAUCGCAUCCCAUGACGUCGCUCCCUCAAUCUCCGCCUGGCUCUCCCAACCCGGCGGUUGAAGCCAGGUUCAAGAAAUUUCUUGACUUGAAGACGAGAGGAACUCACUUCAACGAGGACUUGGCUAGCAAAUCAGCAUUCCGCAACCCCGGUCUUCUCGCCACCAUGAUGCUCCGCGUAGGUUUGGACGAAGAGGAUCAAUAUAAGACAUCGCUGCCCAAGCAAGUUUGGAAUCCUACAGGCUUUCCAAAAUCUGCAUACAGAGAAGAGCUGCUUCGAGCCCAGCAGACUCUACGCGAUCAAGAAUUGGCCACGAAAAAGAGCCUUUCUGCGUCAGGAAAAAGAACGAUCGAGUUCACUUCUGCAGGGAAGUCCGGGGAUAGUAGCCGUGAUUCCACCCCCGGCAUGCCAAAUAAACGGAAACGACCUUGA